ACCCUCCCAAAGGCAAUUAAGGGUAAAGGACGACAGAAAUAUCUGAUCAACUUUUUUUCCCCCCUUGAACCGAGAGGCAGAAAGGAUGGCGAUAGAGCUGGGCUGAAGGGAGCAUAGCGUGCGGAUAAGGGCCUGUUAUUUGUGCAACCCCCCCCCCCUCCCCGCAGCCCCCACCAUUGGUGAUGAUCGGUGGUGGUUUUCAGAACGCCAAGAAGAAUGAAGUUAGGAAAAACUUCAAACUCUGCGAGCAGCAACUCAUCCCCCUCGGAUCCCAGAAGAGACCGUGACGUCCCUGCCUUUCAAACUGCUCUGCCGAGCGAUUACACGAGCGGCGUUUUUUUGUGAUAUCCAAACGGGAAAGGUUAUCGUUGAUUACUCGUUAUUCAAAGCCCUCCGGACCGAGUGACUUGAGGUUUUCUGUCUCCGGCCGGGACGAUCGCUGCAUCGCGGACUUCAAAUCUGUAGUCUUCUGGUCGGGGAUGGGGGCCGCGCCGGGUCCGGGUUGGGAGGAGGGCGAGUUCGAGUUUAAGUUGGUUUUUGAGGAAGACCCACCGCGGCCACUUCACCAGGGCCCGUCCCCGCUACUGCCCGCCGCGGCCGACGCGCUCACGGAGAACCCCGGCGAGAGGACCGAGGGCGACCUCGCGCACCUUGACUGCGACCGGGACUCUGAAAGGCACCUGAACACCUCUCAGGGAAACCAGCCAGUGGGCAUCAGCGGCCUGUCGCCCUCGGCCAAUCAGAGGGCCGGGAUGCAUUCCCCGCCCCCUCGGAGAGCCCUGGUGAGAGAGUUCAGCGGCACGUACGAGAGCCUGCCCGCCCGAUCCGUCCAGCUGUCGGAGUCCCGUGUGAUGGAGUGCCCCAGCAUCCAGAUCACCACCAUCUCCCAGGACGACGACCCCGCCCCGCCGGGCUCCCGCUACUGGGACACGGGCGGCGGCGGCGGCAGCGGCUGGGACCGCGAGCGCCUCUACCUCCCCCUGCUGGACCCCUUCUCCUACCGCGACGGCACCCCCGGCUCCCUCAGCCCGAGCCCCGCCUCCAGCCCCUCCUCCCGGGGCUGGCUAAGCCCCGCCUCCAGCUGCGACUCCCUGCUGGUGGAGGAGGACGACCUGAGCGAGAGCGCCGUGCACCUGGUGCUCUCGCCGUCCUCGCGGCCCACCUCGCCGGGGGGCAAGAAGCGGCGCAACACGCCCCUGGGGGGGUCGCCCUGCGCCUCCCGCCGCGGCAGCUACUCCUCCGAGGAACCGCACGCCGCCGGCCCGGACGGCCACGACUCCGCCCCUCUGUCUCAGGCCCCGCCCCUGGGCUGCGAGCUCAGCAUCCCGCAGAAGACGAGGAAGACGUCGCUGGAGCAGCUCUCCAGCAGGGAGGUGGACCCGGAGCCGGCUCCAGGCCACAGCGCCCCCUGCCCGGUGCCGGAGGAACAGCAGCCCAGGAGAGAGCCUCCCUCCGUGGGCAUGGACUACCUGUCGGUGCCCCCGGCUCUGGGCUGGGGCCGGACCCGCGCCAGCGCACACAGCCCGCUCUUCAGGACUAAUGCCCUGCCCCCACUCGAUUGGCCGCUGCCCUCCCAGUUCGACCAAUACGAGCUGCGCAUGGAGGUGCAGCCCCGCCCACACCACAGGGCUCACUAUGAGACGGAGGGCAGCCGAGGGGCGGUCAAGGCUGCUCCCGCAGGCCACCCGGUGGUGAAGCUGUGUGGCUAUACAGACCGGAAGCCUCUGUCACUGCAGGUGUUUGUUGGAACAGCUGAUGACCGAUCAAUCAGGCCUCACCCCUUCUAUCAGAUACACAGGGUCACGGGGAAAAUGGUGGGAACGGCAAGUCAGGAGAGUGUCCAGGCUGGAACCAAGAUCCUGGACAUCCCCCUCAGCCCUGAGUCCAGCAUGACUGCACUCAUCGACUGCGCAGGGAUUCUGAAGCUGAGGAACUCGGACAUCGAGCUGAGGAAAGGGGAGACCGACGUGGGGAGGAAGAACACGCGCGUCCGGCUGGUCUUCAGAACUCAUCUGCCUCUGGCGCCCUCUGCUGGCGCCCCCGGGCGAGUGCUGGCCUUACAGGUGGCCUCGCUGCCGAUUGAAUGCUCCCAGCGCUCGGCCCAGGAGCUGCCCGUCAUCGAGUCGGUUAGCCUGACUUCCUGUUGUGUGGAGGGAGGGGAGGAGCUACUGCUGAGUGGCACCAACUUCCUGCCCAUCUCUAGAGUCCUCUUCAUGGAGAGAGGGACAGACGGCAAGUUACAAUGGGAAGAAGAGGCCCGUGUUGACCGCGAAAACAGCAAUGAGGGGCUGUUGUGUGUUCGGGUUCCCGCCUACAGCGACCGGUCCGUCAGUCGGCCCGUGGCCGUCUGUCUGUACGUCUCCAACGGCAAGCGGAAGCGCAGUAGCACACACUGUUUCAAGUACAUUCCCAUCAUGUUCAAAGAGGAGGAGUCUCUGCGGCCCCGCCCCCUGGCCCUGGCCCCGCCCCCGGCCCCGCCCCUGGACGGGCUGUGUCCCAUGGAGAGCUCCAUGGAGAAGGCGGACGGGCCCCCGCGAGGGGACCCCACGUCGGAGGACGCCCUGCUGGGCUUCCACCUGCCGCCCUACCCCUCGGCCUACUCCUCCCCGCUCUACCCGGUCGCGCUGGGCACGCACGACGAGUACUUCCCCCGGCCCGACGCCCGGCCCGACGACCAGGGGGGGGGCGACGGCGGCGGCCGGGGGCCCUGCGGCGGCGGCGGCGGCGGCGGCGGCGGCGGCCCCCUCGCCGAGCGGCACGCCGGCUUCGAGAGCCUGGAGCUGGGCUUCACCGAGCUGCUGCCGCCGCGGUACCCCCACGGCGGGCGGGGGGCGCGGCCGCCCUCGCCCUCGCCGUGGCUGGACUCGCCGUACCUCUCGUCCUCGCCGUCGCCCUCCCACUCGUCCUCGCUCAGCCCCUUCCCGGCCGGCAGCCCCCUGUCCGGCUCCCCGCUGCCCCCCCCCGGCCCGCACUACCCGGCCUACGGCCAGCAGGAGGCGCCCCCCUCGCCCCCCAGCUCCGCCUACCAGGACUUCUACUACCCGCCCCCGUACUCCCACUACGACGGGGGCUGCUGGGACCCGCCCCCGGGGAGGGGCGUGGCGCCCGUGGGGGGGCGCUGGGCGGAGGGCUCCUCCCCCUUCCCAGGCUCCUCCCCCUCCACCGCCGCCAUGCACCACAUCACCCUGGAGGAAGUGAAUGAGUUCAUCGGGGAGGACAUCCAGUCGUUCGGGACGGAGUGCCAGAUGGACAACCAUCCUCACUGAGUCGGCACCUCUGUCCCCCUCACUAUGCGACGCCGCACCUGCACGCCAUAUUAAGAUGCUUUGAUCCAGUUAAAGGUAAUACGGAAAUGGGACAAUCAUGAGCAAAUUGUUUUGAUGCGUGAUUUGAGAACUACAGUGAACACUCAUGGUUUUAUAAAGGGCAAGCAAUGUUUUUAAAGAUAUAAAUUAUACAAAGAAAACAAA